GGGAGAGCUCGCCGUCCCAGCAUGCGCCGCGCCGCGGACUCCAUUUCCCAGCGGCCCCCGCGGCCGGCCCCGGCUGCCCGUCCGGCGCCACGGCACCUUUGUGAGCGCUGCCGGCGGCCGGCGAUCGAGCCCCGGCCCCGGGCCGAGCCCCCGCGCGUCCUGUCCAUCUGGAGGGAGAAGUCGAGAGGAGCCCGAAGGACAGAACUGCCACAAAUUCUUAGUCUUCAAGCCAUGUCCAAGGAUCUGGUGACAUUCGGGGACGUGGCUGUAAACUUCACUCAGGAGGAAUGGGGCUGGUUGAAGCCUGCUCAGAAGAACCUGUACAGGAAAGUGAUGCUGGAGAACUACAGGAGCCUGGCGUCCCUGGCAGGCGUUUCUGCUAAGCCAGAUGUGAUCUCCCUGUUGGAGCAAGGGAAAGAGCCCUGGACGGCGCAGGAGGAGGGAGCUGCAGGUCCAUGCCCUGAUUGGGAGUAUAUGUUUAAAAGCAGUGAAUUUUCAUCAAAUCAAGAUACUUUUGAAGACUCAUCAAGACUAAUGGCAAUGGGAGGAAGCCACCUUAUUCAUAACCUCGACUGCUGCAGUUUGACAGAAGGCUGUGGAAGUGAAGGCUGGCGCCUGAAACAGUCGGGGAGUCAGGAGGCACAGUCGAGCCAACUGGCCACCGCUGAUAAAGAAAUCCUCUCGGAAGAUCAAAGUAAUAAGUGUAGUAAAGCUUGGCAGACAUGCCUUCAAGGUGCAAUGCUGGACACACAACAGUGCUUUCCCACCCAGGAAGACGCACAUGAGCAUGUGCCACGAAAGAGAACUAACCGGACAAAACCUGCUGAAAUGAAACACAAGAAAGUGUAUGUAGAGAAGAAACUUCUGAAAUGCAAUGAAUGUGAGAAAGUCUUCAAUCAGAGUUCAUCCCUCACUCUUCAUCAGAGAAUCCACACUGGAGAGAAACCCUAUGCAUGUGUUGAAUGUGGGAAAACCUUCAGCCAGAGUGCAAACCUAGCUCAACAUAAAAGAAUACACACUGGGGAGAAACCUUAUCAGUGUAAAGAAUGCAGGAAAGCCUUCAGCCAGAAUGCACACCUUGCUCAGCACCAGAGAGUGCACACCGGAGAGAAACCUUAUCAGUGUAAGGAAUGUAAAAAAGCCUUCAGCCAAAUUGCACACCUGACUCAACACCAGAGGGUUCACACCGGAGAGAAACCUUUUGAAUGUAUUGAAUGUGGAAAAGCCUUUAGUAAUGGUUCAUUUCUAGCUCAACAUCAGAGGAUUCACACAGGGGAGAAACCUUAUGUAUGUCAUGUGUGUGCAAAAGCCUUUAGCCACCGUGGCUAUCUAAUUGUACACCAGAGAAUUCAUACUGGAGAGAGACCCUACGAAUGUAAGGAAUGCAGGAAAGCCUUCAGCCAAUAUGCACAUCUUGCACAACAUCAGAGGGUUCACACUGGAGAGAAACCUUAUGAAUGCAAAGUAUGUGGCAAAGCCUUCAGCCAGAUUGCAUACCUUGACCAACACCAGAGGGUUCACACUGGAGAGAAACCCUAUGAAUGUAUUGAAUGUGGGAAGGCCUUUAGCAAUAGUUCGUCACUUGCACAACACCAGAGAAGUCAUACGGGAGAAAAACCCUACAUGUGUAAGGAAUGUAGAAAAACAUUUAGCCAAAAUGCAGGCCUUGCUCAGCAUCAAAGAAUUCAUACAGGAGAGAAACCUUACGAGUGUAAUGUUUGUGGGAAAGCCUUCAGCUACAGUGGCUCUCUUACACUACACCAGAGAAUUCACACUGGAGAGAGACCCUAUGAAUGUAAGGACUGCAGGAAGUCGUUCAGGCAGCGAGCACACCUGAUUCAUCACGAGAGGGUUCACACUGUGGAGUCAUUCUUGACUCUUCCCUCACCCUCCACAUCCAGUCAGUUACCAAGACCUGUAGGCUUCAUCUCGUAAACUUGCUCAGAGUGACCUCCUUCAACUCAUUUCCACUUCAUCAUCCUUGUCUGAUACAGAUUCAUUUGAUAUGGAAUCAGGAAGUAACUUUCUACUUGGUCUCUGUGUGAACCACUGUCUGUCAGUUGUCCGCACUGCAUCAAACUUUAUUUUAAAAGCUAAUUUUUUAUCACAUCAUUUCCCCCCUGUCAGGAUCCCCCAGUGGCAUCUUGUAGCUGAUAGGCUGAAGCAUACAUUCCUCACAGCAGCGAAAAGAUCCCCAACUUUCCACAAUUACCCUUUGCUUGGACUGUCUUCCAAAUCCCUUUUCAUGCCAGUAUCCAUCCUGUUCUCUGGAUACAUAUCCACAAUUAAGAACAUAUUCCAGCAUCAAUUGGAAUUGGUUCUAAAGCUUGCUCUUCCAUUUUGCAGUCCUCGAAUUUGGGGUGGGGAGCAUUUUGUCCUCUGUAAACUUCAAUCUUCUUAUGGAAAUGAUAACGGUACUACCUCAAAAGAUAGCGGGAGAAGUAAAUAAUGCAUGUAAACUCAUCAGAGUGCCUCGCAUAAAAUAAUAAAUAUUAAUGUAAAAUAGAAGGAUACUGUGUAUAAAAAGAAGAGCUGAUAUCUCAGCCACUCAUCGGAAUAAUAACAUCUUAGGGUU